AUGUUCUACGAAGCUCCUGAGGAACCGCAGCCGCCUGCCCGGCUGAAGCCGUCGCGCUCGUCGACUUCAUACACAUCCAAGUUCUCCUCGGCUUCUGUGCCCCCGCCGGGCUCGAUAUUGACGGGCAAGCAAGAACACUACCUCAAGCGUGAGCUUAUUUCCCUGCAAACGAAGUAUGAAAUUGCCGAGUUGUCUUCGCCGACUGCACUCCAGCGGUUCGGAGCGCCGUUCAGGUCUGAAGCUGGGGAAGUUGCGCCUGAGGAUUCAGAACUUCCUUUGCUGCGUUACAUUUUCGUACACCAUGUUCGCAACUUCCCCUUCCUCGACCAGGCUAGAGAGAAAGAGUUUUGGCAGGACAAGUUGCAAGUGUUCUUGGAGUCUUUUGCGAACAAGCACAUUUCCUCGUCCGAAGACCGAUUAGAAGAGACGAAGCGGAGGAAACUUGCGGCUAAAGCAGAAAAGCUGGUCGAGCUGAUGAUGGUGUCUGCCAUACCUACGGCAUCUGGUUAUGAAGAGAGGAUACGCUUUUCAGAGAUGGAGGUGGUAGAUCGUGGCGCAAAUGAGAAUGGCCUUGUAGUCAACAAGCCACAAGGGCACCCUAUCAACGGCUGGGACGUCAACGUCGCGGGAGUAAGGACGAAGUCCGUGAAGAGACACAUCAGGUAUCAUACGCACGCGGAAUACCUUCUCCGGGUCAAACGAGAAGGUAGGCCUGAAGUUUAUGUCGGACGUACGUGGACAGAUUUUGUGAAUCUGCAUAAGAGAAUUAGGCUGGAGCUGCCUGGGAAAGUUCUCCCUCCUCUGCCAAGGAGAAACAAGAAGAACUCGUACCUAAGCCCGAACCCUGAGGAUGAUAAUGAUACGGAUUCCGUGUCUUCUGUAUCAACGCAAGAUACAUCAGGAGCCAACUAUGGAGCUGAAAACACAGCUGACAGUGGUAGCGGCGGGCUGCGGAGUUACCUGCCUUUCCAGAGUGGCCAUAGACGCAACGCAUCUAAGGCGUCAUCUCGAGGACCUUCUCCUUCCCGCCGACCCUCCGGUGACAGUAUGUACCGUCUGGAGUCUCGGCAUGUCCUGUACCGGGAAGAACAACGUGUAUCUUUGAGGGCAUUCCUUCGGACUUUCCUGAAGAACGAACAGAUUGCAAAUUCACAUGCCAUGACAGAAUUCCUUACUGGGAAUACUGUGGUCCUCAACGAAGAAGAAAUGUUUGAUACCGAACGUCGAAAGGAAAUGGACGAAAAGCGGAUCGAAGAACAGAGAAAGUUCUACGAGAUAGCCCGCCAAAGGGCUGCUGAACUUGACGUGCACAUGGAGAUGUUCCGCAGAGAGAUCGUCGAAGCUAAUGGAUUGUCGCACCUUUUCCAGGAGAUACGAGUAAAGAACAAGAUCUCACAGCUAAAGCCCGAAUACCAAAAGUUUGCUGAAUGGUGUCGAAUAGAAGUUGCAGCAACCAUCUAUCAUCUGUUCCUUGCAGAGGAUAAUUCCCCGGAUCUGUUUGCUCAGCUGAAGAGGAUACAUUCCAUGGUCCCGUACGGUGUGAUGAAGAACGUCAUCCGCAUCGCAAACCCUGCAGCGGUCAUGAGUGGAGUUCUUGACCUGUUCCUUGCACAGCCCUUUGGAUCACGAUCUUUGAUGCAACGCAUAUUCGGCAUGGCCAUUAGCGAUGGAAUCAACGCCGUUCAAAAAUCAAUUGAUACGUUGGCUUCCACCAAAGUGAAGAACCCGACAUUUUGCGAAAAGAUCAAGGCGUACACCAACGCAGACGAGGACGUCAAGACUAUCCUACGACAGGAGGCGGAGGACGACGAUGUCGAUCUUCUCGUGGUCAUUCUUCGUACUGAAUUCCUCCGACCAGCGCUGUCCGAGGACCAAAUCGGGGCAGUCUUCAACGCCUAUGUGGCUUGGAAUAAUGCGGUGGAAAACGUCGACGAUGACAUGCGUCAAGGGGCCGAGCUUUUUGCACACCUGAAGCAGCUCUUGAAAUUGUACAUGCGACAACGGGACAAAAAGAUGAUGCUCCAGAUCAUUGAAGAACCGACGACUCUUCAACUCUUCCGCGAUCUCUUUACAAUCUUCUACGAGCCAUUGGUCCGAGUCUACAAAUCAGCCAACGUGUACAGCAGUAUUACCGACUUUGCUGUCUUCAUCGACGAUGUGAUCCGCACGGUCGAGGCAGCGCAACGCGCCGAUAUCUCCGCCGAUCCGAACCAGACAGUUCAAGCAUUUAUUGAUCUCUGUGCACGACAUGAGGACAAUUUGUACAAGUUCAUCCACGAGGUACACAUCCAUGACAACGGACUCUUUGACAAGCUGAUGGGUUGGAUUGAGGGAAUCUUGGAAUUCUUACGAAAGGGAGCACCCGGCGGUGGCAAGCUUGAUAUGAACGCUCUAGUGCAAGGGGCGUUGGACGAUGGAUCCAUCGAGAAGAGGACUGCCAUCAAGGAAAUCAAUGCGCUCAUUCGCUGGCAAGCGGCACGUAAGAAGUGGCACCAAGACAAGACAAGACAAAAAAUGGCGCAGGGAAGUGACGAGAGUGGUGGUGAUAUGAUGGGACUGGGCGUGGGCGGGUUCAGAAGCAGCGAUUUCGGGCUCAAUGCUGAUGACCUUGAAGAGUUGAACCUGGAGGAUGAAGUAUCAGAUGCCUACUCUGGGGAGGAUUCGGAUGACGAUACAGACCCAAUCGUUGCGGAACGCAACCGUAGAAAGAGGGAGCAACUGAAGGGUUCAUCCGGAGAGCCGCAGAAACCACCAAUCAUCGAGGUCAAGAAACUGCACCCGAGUUUCCUGACCAUGCUGCGCUCUGUGCUUGCGGAAUGA